AUGUCUGAAUCAGAGAAUAGCUUUUUUAAAAACUACACAAAGCCUCCUGCAAAUCUUGUACAGUUCAUCAAUUUCUUUAACUGUGUUGUGGGAGAUCAAAGGAAUGUUAAUUCACGAUUGAACUACUUGGAUUACUCAACUAUUCCUGAUUUGUCAACCCAAUUGCCUAUUGAGAAGCAUGCAUCUACAAUCUACACUGAUUCUAUUUUCAAGCAUGUACAACAGGAAAUAAGUACGGUAUGUGAGAGUGUUUCAAUAACUGUUGAGGAUAACAUCAAGAUGCAUAAGGUCAAGGACCAAUAUGGUAGAACAUGGGAUGUUAAGUAUGAUUGUAAGCAAGACACAUUCGACUGUGGUUGUAAGAAGUUUUCCAGAAUUGAUUUGGAUGAAAAGCAGAAAGUUAAGAAAAAGUUGUUCUCCAACUUUUAUCGAUUAGUCCAAAAGUCUGAGGAAAGUAUGGAUCAUUUGUCUUUGUUAUGUGCUGGUCUUGAUGAUUUGGAAGAGCAAAUAUUUGGAAAUUGUGCAAUACCUUCAGUUAUUGAAAAGAAAAAGAUGGUUGAGGAAUUUUAUGGAAUGGCAGUACCUGAUGUAAUUGAUGUACAUCCUCCGGGUGUUGUUAGAACCAAAGGAUCAGCUAGUGACAGAGUAUCAACGAGGUAG